AUGUCUAAGUCAGAGUCCCCCAAGGAGCCAGAAGAGCUGCGGAAGCUCUUCAUUGGAGGGCUGACCUUCGAAACAACUGACGAAAGUCUGUGGAGCCAUUUUGAGCAAUGGGGAACACUCACCGACUGUGUGGUAAUGAGAGAUCCAAACACCAAAAGAUCCAGAGGCUUUGGGUUUGUCACAUACGCCACUGUGGAGGAAGUGGAUGCUGCCAUGAAUGCAAGACCACACAAGGUGGAUGGAAGAGUUGUGGAACCUAAGAGAGCUGUGUCAAGAGAAGAUUCUCAGAGACCAGGUGCCCACUUAACUGUGAAGAAGAUCUUUGUUGGUGUUGUUAAAGAAGACAUUGAAGAACAUCACCUACGAGAUUAUUCUGAGCAGUAUGAGAAAAUUGAAGUGAUUGAAAUUAUGACUGACAGAGGCAGUGGAAAAAAGAUGGGCUUUGCUCUUGUCACCUUUGAUGACCAGGACUCUGUGGAUAAGACUGUUAUUCAGAAAUACCACACUGUGAAUGGCCACAACUGUGAAGUAAGAAAGACUCUGUCGAAGCAAGAGAUGGCUAGUGCUUCAUCCAGCCAGAGAGGUCGAAGUGGUUCCGGAAACUUUGGUGGUGGUCGUGGAGGUUUUGGUGGCAAUGACAAUUUUGGUCGAGGAGGGAACUUCAGUGGUCGCGGUGGCUUUGGUGGCAGCCGUGGUGGUGGUGGAUAUGGUGGCAGUGGGGAUGAUGGAAGCAAUUUUGGAGGUGAUGGAAGCUACAGUGAUUUUGGCAAUUACAACAACCAGUCAUCAAGUUUUGGACCGAUGAAAGGAGGAAACUUUGGAGGCAGGAGCUCUGGCCCUUAUGGUGGUGGAGGCCAGUACUUUGCUAAACCACAAAACCAAGGUGGCUAUGGAGGUUCCAGCAGCAGCAUUAGCUAUGGCAGUGGCAGGAGGCUCUAAUUACAGCCAGGAAACAAAGCUUAGCAGGAGAGGAGAGCCAGAGAAGUGACA